ACGGCUGUUUGAGCUAAUUACUUAUCGCCGACUCUCCUUGGCAGAUCCUCUCCCGUCCUGUUCGGGGUCGGCUGCUGCCACCCGACAGCCGCAUCCGCCAGUCCCAGCGGCCGGUGUGCAGAGGCCGACGAGCGGCGCCGCUGCAGACAUCGAUGACCGGGACUCCGGGAACGGUCAGUAUAUUGGAUAGCUUGAUUGGCUACCUGUGUUACCUAACUUACCUGUCCGCUAUCGCCACAACUCACAAACGGCUGUUUGAGCUAAUUACUGAUCGCCGACUCUCCCUGGCAGAUCCUCUCCCGUCCUGUUCGGGGUCGGCUGCUGCCACCCGACAGCCGCAUCCGCCAGUCCCAGCGGCCGGUGUGCAGAGGCCGACGAGCGGCGCCGCUGCAGACAUCGAUGACCGGGACUCCGGGAACGCGCCUGGAUCCUGCAAUGCUGUCGCAUCCUCUGUGCAUCCGGAUGACAUUGGCAACUACGUCUGCGCGAAACAGCUCCCGUUGGAGGAGAGAAGACGACUUCUGAAAGACCCAUGGACUCCGCCGCCAUCAUACCGAUUCCCAGUGGUUCCUGAUGCUGGCGGUAAAAAUCGGAAGUUCCAGCGAGAUCACAUCGCUGAGUUUCCCUGGCUCACUUACAGUGCUGUGCCGGGACUUGAAGGCGGCUUUUGUCGAUACUGUGUGCUGAUGGGGAGGCAAAUCAGCGGGAGGGCUUCAGGAGACCAGGCGCUGAGAAGUUUCGUCACUGAGCCAUUCAAGCGGUUCAAAGACGCAAAACGGCAUCUGCGUCAGCACCAAACCACGGAGUAUCAUGCAGACGCGGUCACAAUGGUUGAAGAAGUCCUGAUGGGAAGAAUGGGCAUCGACGAGCUGGUGGAUGGACAGAGGAGAGAAGAAAGAAGGAAGCGGGAACAGCAAGAAGCAGACUACAAGAAAAGACUUCUGCCGGUGAUCCAGACUGUGCUGCUCUGCGGUGCUCAAGAGUUGGCACUGCGAGGCCAUCGUGACGACGGUCCGCUGGACCUUGAUGCCGUUCCGAAAAGAGGAGAAGGAAACUUCAAAGCCUUGCUAAGGUAUCGGGCGCAAGGGGACAGGCUGCUAGAAGAUAGCAUUAGAACAGCCCCGAAGAACAUGCAGCUAACGAGCUGGAACGUGCAAAAUCAGAUUAUCCUUGUAUGCGGACAGAUGAUCAAGGAGAACAUCGUGGAAAAGAUAAAAAAGCAAGCAUGUACACGAUCAUCGCCGAUGAGACGACCGACCGAAACAAACGGGGACAGCUCGCUCUCGUUCUUCGGUACGUAGCUGAAGAUGGAACGGUGCGAGAGGAUAUGGUGGCUCUGCUGAACCCUGAGAAGACGACUGGAGAAGCGCUCUCGAAGAUGAUCAUCGACGCCCUACAAAAACUGGACCUAUCACUAGAUGGCGUGAGGGGUCAGGGCUAUGACGGCGGUGGAAACAUGAGCGGGCGAAUUAGCGGUGCUCAGUCCCGAAUCAGGACUCUUCAGCCGUUGGCCGUGUACACUCACUGCGCCUCUCACCGGCUAAACCUUGCGCUAGGUCGGGCACUAACUGUCCCAGGGGUGCGCAACAUGCUGGGUGUCGUGUCCGUCGCUUCCAACUUUUUCAACGACUCCGCGGCUCGAGUGCAGCUUCUGGAGGAAAAAGUGGAACAGUUGGGCGAGGAGCAAAAGAAAAAGAGACUGAAGGCGCUGUGCCGAACUCGAUGGGUGGAGCAGCACGAGUCCCUGCUGACCUUCGAACAGCUGCUAGUUCCCAUCGUCGCAGCACUCGAACACGUUGAGCGGGAGGGAAGCAGCGACGCAGCUCAAAAAGCGUCCGGACAUCUGGCAGCGAUCACCCGCUUCGACUUCCUAAUCUGUCUUGAGAUGGCUGUGCUCCUCUUCGGCAUCACACUGGGUCUGUCGAUCUGCCUCCAAAAUCCCCAGCAGUCACUGAGUGAUGCCAUGCAAAAAAUCAACGAAGUCCAGCAGGCAGUGCAAGACGCAAGAGAAGAGUUCCCAGCUGUGAUGAAAAAGGCUGCUGCACUGGCUGACAAGCUGGACAUACCAGUCAUCGCUCCGAGAGGCUCGUCUCGACAAGUGCACCGACCUAACAGCUCCGUGUCAUCAGAUCCAGAGACGAACUACCGGAUCAACGUGUUCAACCCUUUCAUCGACCAAAUGAUCAAGGAGCUGAAGGAGCGCUUCCCGGAAGAUCAUCCUGGCCUGCAACUGGAGGGAGUCCUUCCAGCACGCAUAGGGACCGCUGACCUCUCCGCAGUUGUCGAGUGUGCUGAAGCGUACCACAAAGAUCUGCCGAGCCCAGUCAACCUCCGGUCGGAACUUGUGCUUUGGCGUGCCAUGGUAGCAUCAGCAACCAACCGCCCACAGACUGUGGGAGACGCAUUCCGGAUGGCGGGCUCACUUCCGAACGUCAAGACACUGCUUCAAAUCCUCAUGACCCUCCCCGUCACAAGCUGUUCUGCAGAACGAAGUUUCUCGACACUGAAGCGUGUUGAGACUGAACAGCGGACAACAAUGGGAGAGAGCCGGUUGGAGAGCCUCAUUCUGAUGAGUGCACACGGCGUGGCCUCGCUGAAUCCGUCCAUGGUAGCAGACCGCUUCAUGAAGACGCGCCCCCGGCGCUCAGUUUGAUUGAGUCCAGCUCUCUCAGAGGUGCUGUCGACUGGUCGCACCGGUGAGUGUUCAGUGAGGCUUCAGGAAUAUAUCUGUUGACUAUUACCUUUUGCCUCUCAAAGAUGACAUGUUGCCACAGGCACAGGUGACGACACGACGUCAAUGCAAACAAAAGCAUGCAAAUCUCAAAGGUAAUGAGAUUUGUUCAUUGAGCUUUGUGUACUUAUCUACUGAUGGGAUAGGGUGAGUUCUAUUCUGGGUAGAGCGCUUAGUCGUUACGUAACGUUUUAGGGCGUUAAGAGGGUUACCAGAAGGCCUUCCAGCACGACAACGUUUGCUGGCUAUUGAGUCAUAUGCUUACAGAGCCAAUGAGUUUAACUAUUUAGUGAGAUCGCUAAGAACGUCACCUAUCAUACAAACAGCCGUCACAAAGUUAGCGAAAUGGAGGCCCCCUCGCUAGACAGAGGCCCCCCGGCAACCGGAAUACGGAGGCCCCUGUUCGCCCGGGCCCCCUCCCCUGGAAAAUCCU